CGCUGUCCCGGUGUCCCGGGCGCUCUGUGGCUUUAAGGCGCUGCCCGGGGCCGUCCCGGGGCCGAAGUCCGCGGGCCCGGUGCUGGCGGGGAUGCAGCUCCGGGAGGGCCCGGCCGCCCUGGCCGCCCCCCUGCUCGCCCUCCCGGUGGCCUUCGGGGUCAGCGGUGUCGCCUCCCUGGACGGCUCCCCCGGCCUGGCCCUGGCAGCGAUCCUGGUGCUCAUCGGCCUCGUGUCCCUCCUCAUCCUCACCGGCGGCGCCGGCCUCGUCCAGGACCCGCUGUUCUGCGUGUUCGUGGUGUUCUCCUUCGUGUCGGCCGUGGAUUUGAUCAUCGCGCUGGAGGAGGACGGGAUCAUCUCGGGCUUCAUGGAGCUCUACGUGCGGGAGGGUGACCCCCACCUGCGCACGGCUCACGGGCUCCUCACCUGCUACUGGGACGGCUCCGUGCACUACGGGCUGUGCCUGGGCAUGGCCGGCGCCGUGGGGCGCAGGAAGAAUUACCGCGGGCUGGGUCUGUUCUGGCUGGGCUCGCUGCUGAUGAGCGCCGUGGUUUUCCUGCUGGGCAAUCUGAUCGGGAAAUACAGCUCCGAGCUGAGCCCGGCCUUCCUCCUCAACCUGCCCUACCUCCUCCUCCUCACCUGGACCGGCCUCCGGCUCUUCCGGCAGCCGCGGCCGCUGCCGAGCCUCAGCCCCGAGAAGAUCGCAGAGGAGCAGCGCAAACCUCUGUACCAGCGGCCGCGGGACCUGCUCCUCAUCCUCAUCCUCAUCCUCACCGCUGCCUUCACCUUCUUCAGGGGGAUGGUGGUGCUGGACUGCCCGGCCGACUCCUGCUUUGACUACACCUACCUGCACGAGCCGUACCUGCGCGACCCCGUGGGCUACCCCAAAGUGCAGAUGCUGAUCUACCUGUUCUACCUGCUGCCCUUCCUCCUGCUCGCCAUCUACGCGCUGGCCGUGCCCGGCUGCUCCUGGUUGCCCGACUGGAGCUUGGUGGUCGCCGGAGCCGUGGCGCAGGCUCAGUUCGCCCACCUGGGCUCCUCGCUGCACUCCCGCACCCCGUUCCCGUACCAGACCCCGGACGAGGUCCUGUGGAGUUUCCUCCUCUCCAACCUCCUGUACGCGCUGGGCCCGCAGCUGCUGGCGCUGCGCUGCCUGCGCUCCCCGGCCUUUUUCCUUCCCCCCGCCAACCCGCGCCUGGCCCGCGCCAAAAAGCACCAGUGACGUGUCCUGCUGUCCCCCCGGCAUCGGUGUCACCACCCCUGGGGCUGCUGUCGCCACCCCUGGGCUGCUCUACUCAUCCCGGUUCUCACCUCGGGGCUUUCUGUCCCCGUCCCUGGGUUGCUGUCCCCACCUCAGGGGUGUUGUCCCCAUCCAUGGGAUUUCUGUCCCCAACCCUGGUGCUUCUCUCCCCUCUCUGAGCACUGGAUGUCUCCAGAAAUGUCCCCAGGGGUUUCCCAAAGGUGACCCCAGAGAUGUCCCCAUGAGGACAGAGAUGUCCCCAGAAAAGUCCCCAGAGGUGUCCCCAAAAGUGACCCCAGGGGUGUCCUCAGAAGUGUCCCAGGGGUGACCCCAAAGGUGUCCCCAGGGAUGCUCCGCUCCCCCAAAAGCCGUGGGGACCCCGGGAGUGUCCGCGGGGACAUCGCUGCAGUCCCAGCCCUGCCCUCGUGUCGCUGCUGGGGGACGCGGGAGCCGCGGUCCCGCCCGGCGGGUCCCGGUGGGUCCCGGUGGAUCCCGGGGGUCCCGGUGGGUCCCGGGGGUCCCGAUCCCGUCCCGGGGGGCUCCGGGGUGGGCACAGCCACCAAAUAAAGGAGCCGAGGUUCGCUCCGA